AUGUCCGCUACAGACCGAGCAAAUUCUACGACAGCAUACACUCAAUACGAACACGAUACGAGUACUAUAUCCACGAGGGGCGCUGUUCCCAGAGGUGGUCCACCUGUAGUGUCCAACUCGCUACCCGCUCGCGUCCCACAGCAACAUAAGACUUCAAACGGAAGUGAAUUUGAUGCUACUGAAGCAGAGCCCGAAGACUGCAUUGAGCUUACCGCUGAUCGGCUCUUGCCACCCGAGAUCUUGGCGAUCGUGUUUGCAGAUCUUGCGACCAUGGAACCUUUGGGUGAUAUCGAAGUCACAUCGAGCUGCGACUCCCAUACAAGUUGGGGAUCGGAUCUCUAUAGCGAUUGGUCGUACGACCCCGACGCAACGCAGCAUGACACAGAAACGCUUGGCGUAUUUCUAAAUUCAACGUUCGACCCUGAGAAGGCCAUCGAUCCUUUAUCCGAAGGCAGUCAGGCUGACAAUGCCUCGACGCUGUCGUUGUACCCUUACUCGCUGGGCUGGACGCGCGUGGCACACGUCUGUGCAUACUGGCGGAAUCUGGCGAUAUCAAUGGCCCAACUGUGGUGCACAGUACCAUUCCAUCUGAGUGCGCCGUGGAUUCAAGCGAUCAUCUCCAGAAGCAGACAAUUACCUCUCGAUAUCAUCUUUGAGGAAGACGUGGCUAUGGACGAAACCCGCGAGUCUCUCAUGCUGGAAUGCUUUACGCGUACUCGCAGCGUCGAUUUUCGUCACGGCUCCCCGAUCCUUUUAUUCCUCGUCAUGGAAGUUGUAAAGAGCUCCCAAGAUGUCCUCGAAGACUUAUCUAUAGCAGUGCUCAAUUACUCCUUUAUUGGCGCUAAUAUCACUCUAUUCGGGUCUCUGGACCUCGCACAAUACCGCGCCCUCACAUGCAUAACAAUCGAGCAUAGUGAUAAGUUCCCUAGAGCUGGACCUCCAGGGUUGAAACACUUCUCCCUGACGUCCUGUUCCGAGCGUCCGACGUCUUCGGGGCUUCUAUCAUUCCUCCGCACCCUUACACACAUCGAAACCCUCGAAUUACGGCAUUGUCUUCCGACGCAGGUCGAAGUAUUCCACCCCUCCUCGCAUGACCGCGUUGUGUUGGACACAUUACAAGCACUCACGCUCGAGGAGCACCGAUCCAAUCUAUGGGGGAACUUGAUUCACCAUCUACACUAUCCUGCCUCGACCCGUAUAUCUAUCUCCUACUUGAGACAAACGCUUCCAGAUCUUGAUCUAUACUUCGGCGGAGAACCGUCCUCUGGUGGCCAUAGGCCAUUCCAGCACUUCGCGUUGAAUCGUAUACUCUCCCCGGAUCUAGAUGAUCACACACCUCCCAUACAAACCUUGUCCAUUUCGUCAAUUGGCGGUGGCACGCUCACGCGGAUGACAGUGUUCAUCUACGGGUGGCGUCAGAUCCCGACGAUGGUGGACGGACGAGCCGAUUACUACGUACGCAGCGCUCCGGUCUCUGCGCGACCCGACGUGUACUUCGAGCUUCAUGAUACGGACAGUCGUCAAACGCGACCGGUACACCAAAAGAUCAUACGCACCCUGAUCGGAGCCGUGAAGCUCGAACAUAUCCGCGUCCUCUCCCUCGACCUUGAAGAAAUAUUGGCAAUCAGGGAGUCGGAUACGAUCGAGAGAUGGUCUCCGGACACCUGGAUUGUCUUGUUCUCUUCCGCCAAUCGCGUCGAGCACGUCCGUGUGACUUCAAGCGCUGAAGAAAGUGCUGCUGUCGAUCUUCUGUUGGCACUGGGGGGCAUGGUCGAAGGGUCGACCACUUUCAGCAUGUUUCCCACACUCCAAACCAUCGAGAUGUGCGACACAAUCCCUGUCAGCAAAGACUCGGGAGGAGAAGUCCACGCUAUGGAUGCGCUUCACGCACUGCUCCUUGCGCGUCGCGCGAAUCGGGGCUCUGCGGAUGCCAACUGUCCUUUUCGCGUCUACCUAGUUCUGCAACACGAGCCGCUUUCUGAUAUAGAUGCAAGGGACUUGGUGAAGUCGGGACUGCCCGUGAGCUGGGAGGAUGUGGGUUGGGUGAUAGACGAUGAAGAUGUAAUACUGGAGGAUAUGCGAGUGACAUACGAGACUUAUGAGUAG